AUUACUGUUGUACCAGCAGACAUUAAGUCAGUCUAGCAGCCGUAAACUGGACUUAACUGACUGGUCCCACAGGUCGGUAGGGAAUCCCUUCACAACGGUGCAGACUUAAGAUCCAGCAGUUACCUAUACUAUAGACUAUUGGCCUACUAGAGACAGACCAGCCUGAGGGAGUGAGGGAUCUACAGGCUGGAUACAGCAGUUACUCUGGAAGACCUCACCCAGCCAAACGCAGACUCGUGGCCAUGUCGUCCCACCUGGGAAACGGUCCCCAGAACGGCGGCCCGACCGGGCCCGCGGGCCAGACCCGCGCCAAGGUGCUGACCAUCGACUCCAUGAACCCACUCGUCAAGAAGGUGGAGUACGCCGUCCGGGGACCCAUCGUUGCCAGGGCAACCGAGCUGGAGAAAGAGCUGGAAAAGGGAGUUCCCAAACCCUUCAAGCAGGUCAUCAAGGCCAACAUCGGAGAUGCCCACGCCAUGGGGCAGAAACCUAUCACUUUCCUCAGACAGGUCAUCAGCCUCUGUGUGAACCCUGACCUGUUGAAGGAUGAGAGUUUCCCAGCAGACGUGAGGGAGCGCGCUCGUAGGAUUCUCCAGGGCUGCAAGGGAGGAAGUUUAGACGAUGUGAUGGCCGUACCUCUGCACACUCUGCUAGAGUCACACGGAAUCGGUUCCUACAGUGACAGCGUGGGUGUGGAGGUGAUCAGGAAGGACAUUGCUGCGUACAUCGAGAGAAGGGACGGCUUCCCGUCCGACCCAGAUAACAUCUUCCUGUCCACCGGAGCCAGCGAUGCCAUUAAGAACAUGGUGAAGCUGAUGGUUCGCGGCGAGGGGCGUGACCAGACCGGCGUGAUGAUCCCCAUCCCGCAGUACCCGCUCUACUCCGCUGUCGUGGCCGAGCUGAACGCAGUACAGGUGAACUACUACCUGGACGAGGACAACAACUGGGCGCUGGACAUCGCUGAGCUCGAGCGCUCUGUCAAGGAGGCGCGGGAACACUGCACACCUCGGGUCCUCUGUGUCAUCAACCCGGGUAACCCCACAGGCCAGGUGCUGAGUAAGAAGAAUGUGCAGGAGAUUAUCAAGUUUGCAGCCAGAGAGCAUCUCUUCCUCAUGGCUGAUGAGGUGUACCAAGACAACAUCUAUGCGGACGGCUGUGCGUUCCACUCCUUUAAGAAGACUUUGUUUGAGCUGGGACCGGAGUAUGCCGGGCUGGAGCUCGCCUCCUUCCACUCAACAUCCAAGGGCUACAUGGGAGAGUGUGGUUUCCGUGGAGGCUACAUGGAGGUGAUCAACAUGGACCCACAAGUAAAGCUGCAGCUGAAGAAACUGGUCUCCACCAAGCUGUGCCCACCUGUGUCAGGACAGGCGACCAUGGACUGUGUGGUUAACCCUCCACAGCCGGGGGAGCCUUCUUACGAGUCCUUCAUCAAGGAGAAGACAGCAGUGCUGAAGUCCCUGGCAGAGCGAGCCAAGCUGGUGGCCGAGACGUUUAACUCCAUCGAGGGCGUGACGUGUAACACGGUACAGGGCGCCAUGUACGCAUUUCCCAGGAUACACCUGCCGCCCCGCGCCGUUGAGAAGGCCAAGUCCCUGGGUCAGUCGCCAGAUGGCUUCUAUGCUCUGCAGCUGCUGGAGCAGGCUGGGAUAUGUGUGGUGCCGGGCAGCGGCUUCGGGCAGAGGGACGGAACAUACCACUUCAGGACGACCAUCCUCCCCCAGCCCGACAAGCUGAAAAUCUUCAUGGACGCUUUCACAGCCUUCCACAACAAGUUCCUGCAGGAGUACUCAGACUAGCGGCCUCGGGUGGAGCCUCGUACCAUCCUCCGUAGGUACCAUCCUCCGUAGGUACCAUCCUUCGUAGGUACCAUCCUUCGUAGGUACCAUCCUUCGUAGUAACCACGGGCUCAGCUUUCUGUCGGCUAACCUCGGAGUAGAUUGUAGACAGAUCCAGCAGUUACUUGUGCUAUGGAGGAUGGUACCCAGGCUACACAGGACUGCACUGAUAGAGAACCGCAAAAGCUUUGCUCAGAAAGGCACAAAAUCUACGCUGUGAUUACUUCCUAGGAUUCUCAGGACUUUCUGCUGAGAAUGACAGACUCAUAUCAUGACAAACCUUUCCCUUUCGUGCUUCUUGGGAGCAAUGCGAUUAUUAUAGACCAUAGACGGUGAAGGCUUCAGCUUAUUAUAGAUAGAACGGGGGGUAUUGAUAAUUAAAUCAGUAGCUGAUGCUGGGAUUUGGGAUAAACUGCUGCUGGGAUUUGGGAUUACCUACAGAGCUUAUGUAUAGGGGUGUAGGGAGAAGAUAUAAGUCAAGUUGAAAAGAGGCCAACAUGAAACAUGUUGGUCGUAUGAUUGCAGUUGGGAGAUCACUUGAUUUUACAUGAAAAUGUAGUAAGUGCAGAGUUGUGAAAAUGCUAAAUGUGUGUCUUUGGUAGACCAAAUUUCUGAUCUAUUGUUUUAGAUUUUGCUCUAUCUCGAUAAUUGUACAGGAAGUAUUGACUGCUUCACUUCUGUGCUCUCAUCUUGCUCAGUCUGAGGUGGUUUAUAAACAAUAGCUCUGUCUGGAUCUGAUAUUACACGGUCUGUAAGCAGGUAAAAUGAAGUACCUGCCAGCAAACAAAACACAACUCUGGGAUUUUCCAGUCUCCAGAUGAGGGCUCUCCAUCCUUACCUCUGGUCACAUAUGGUUAGCAAAGACAGUGUGAAAUUUUAAGCCAAAUAUCAAUUACAGUCAAACCUGCCCAAGACGACCAUCAGGGGGACUGGAAAAAAUCGGUCGAUUUGGACAGGAGGUCGCUGAGAAGAGUAUCGACUCAAAACAUGCCCGAUGCAAAGUAUAAAUGGUUUCCGUUGUGUUUAAUGGCAAAUAGCAAGCACACUGAACGCAUGCAAAGUAGCGAGGUCUUUAAUGUCAAAUACAACACGCACACUGUAAACUGUCAAUUUAACCCCAAAAUCCGACGUAAACUUUCCGAUUUCGGCACAGAAUCGCGCUAGUUAUCAUCAAAAAUCGAUGAAAACCUCAAUUUUGAAAAUGAUGCGGUCGUUAUGGGUCCCAAUUUGGGCCGGUCGCGGUCGCGUUGGCCAGGUGGUCGUUGAGAAAAGGUCGCUUAAUGCUUACGUCAAUGGGAAAAUAAUUUGGGACCGAGAAAAAGCGGUCGAAAUGGCCAGGUGGUCGCUGAGAAGAGGUGGUCGCUCGGGCAGGUUUGACUGUAUGUCUAUAUUAUCAAUUUAUGAUGAUAUUAUGUUAUGUGACUUGAGGUAAUUUUUUGCUUGAUUCUGUAUUUGAGACUCACCCACUGCCUUAUUUCAUACACAAAUACUAAUCAAAUAUCUACUACUAAACAAAAACCAACAACCUCAAUGGCUUCUACUUUUGUAAAUUUGCACGUUUUCCUGUAGCACAAGUUGUGGAAGACACGUUUGUCUGCCUUGUUGUUGCUAUCAGUAGAGCAGCAUUAAGCUUAUACCUGCUUCUGUGUGGACACAGGGAGUAGCAGAAAUUGUACAGUACUCGUUAAUGAUGAGUGGUAAUUAUCGUAAGAAGUCUGCGGGUUAUAGAUAACUGCAAGGUGAAAUAUUGUGUACACAGUAAUAAGAAAUGGUGAAUGACAAAAAAGCUCACGUAUCAAAACGGCUGAAGUGCAGCGCAUAAAGGCUCCGCACCAGAGGUGUUGCCAAAAUGUGUUACUGCUGUUGUGGCCUCUGCACUGUAAUGUCUGGAGCGGGUUAUUCCAUAUCAACACAGUAGGGGGUAGGCAGGGGUAUGUUUUAGCUUCUCACAACCACCGUAGGCUGUCUUUUACACCUGUUUUUGAAACUCUCUUGUACUAGACAUAGUCUACUUUUCUCAUAGACUAACUGCACUUUAAUGAAUGUAAAGAGAAAUGCAUUAACUUCUGCAGCCCUUUCAAAGUUGAUCUUUUUUUACUGCCUGUCCCCUGCUGAAUUACAAUGGAAUAGUCCUGUGUAACUAUGCAUAUUUUAAGUGUUACAUUGUAAUUUUCUGGUGGCACCUUUUUACAUGCUUGUAAGAUGGGUGAUUAAUAAAGACCAAAUCAAGAAAGAGAA